GCUGACCUAUAUACACAUUCAAGGUAUCAUUUUUUGUGAGCUUUUGUUUAAUCUGCUUCUUGGCUACAUUGUUAAGCAUCAAAGUUUUGGUGCAAACAGAGGAUUUCAUAUUCCAUUAUGGAACUUAGGAUUUUAUUCCCAAAAGAAAAGCCUUUUCUUUCAAUCUUUUGAUCUGAUUGUUUACCCAAAAUCCUUGUUUUUGAUUCUUACUUUCUUUCAUUUACAAUUCUCUUUCAUAUCCACUUCCUUCCUAGUGGGUUCUGUUAAUUCUUGCGAAAUUCACCUGGAGAUUGGAUGUUAGCCAUUUUGAAGAUCAUUCUUUUGAUCAAUUGCCAAAGAGAAUGCUUGGUGCUGUUUCUCCUCUCAGCAAACUAUGACCUGAACAUUUAUGAUUUUGGGCCAGCAUGUUAUUGAUGCUUGAAGGUCCUAGUGUGGAGAUAAGCAUGUGAGUUUGUUUUUCGUGAGAUUUGAAGCAUGCCCCUUUGGUUUUUAACUCAUUUCUAUAGCGGGUCUUGAUCACAACAUGGUUCUGAGCUUCAAUUCUUUUGGCUUGGCUCUUGUGAUCAGUUUUAUGAGAUUGUGACAUCAAGCUGUCCUCCAUAUUGGUAUGGUGCUACAGAUUUGGAAAGAGAUUCUCAUCUUUUCGCUGUGCAUUUUCCUGCACUUACUGCAUCUGUUGUGAGGUUCACAGGGGCUGGUAGUUGCUUGGUUGUUGGGAUGCUUACUUCUCUUUCUGCAACUGUGGAUGUUGCACUUUGUUUUUGCUAUGGUGGUUUACUCAGUUUGCAGCUGGGUUUCAUUGGUUUCUGUUGCCAUUGGUAUUGGCAUUUCUUCUAAGAAUUUGAUGCCAGAUUUUAGACUUAUGGUGUGCUACCUCACUGCAUUUGAAAGGUUCUGUCAAUCUAUGUCUAGUACUCUAGGCACUCUACUCUGUUUUGGAGCCCUGGUGCUCAUCAUAUUUUUGGAGCCGUGGGGCUCACCUUUACGCAGAAAGUUCUGCAUCAUUACUGGUUUUAGUAGAAAGUUCUGUGUUGUUUCCGGUUUCUGCAGCAAGUUCUGCGUUGCUUCCGGAUUUGUUUCCGGUUUAGUUGUUCUCCAUUGAUGUGUUGGUGUUUGCCGGCAAUACUUUGUUGGGUCUAUUGUUCUCCAGCCAGUGUUGGUGUUUUUGCAGCUGUCAUUCUAGUUUCUGUUGUUGACCUUUUAUGGCAUCUUUUGUCUGUGAUCAGUGGCGCCUCUCACUGGCACCUUCGCGUUGCACUUGAUCAUGGCAUCUUGGAGCUCACAUUGAGCCUUUUACUUCAGCCAUGCAGGAUUUCUUCUUCUUCAUCUAGGUUCAUAUGUGUGUACACUCCAUCUUGACUCUUGAGGGGGCCUAUUAAAAAUUGUAUUGUGGAUUUGUCCUUGUAUUUUGUACAUUUUAUUUUAGUCUACACAUUUUCCAUAUUUUCCACGUGUGAUUUUUUUAAUUAGUUAGGAAUUACCGAAUUAGUUAGUUUGUUAGUGAUAUUUUCUUAGGCUACCACUUGUAUAUAUAAGAGUGCUUUGAUGUAAUUUACACAUUGAUAAUACAAGCUAGGUUGCACGGACACCGACAUGGAUACGGUGUACGGCAAUUUUUGAAAAACAAGGGUACGACACGUCUAAGAAUUUAAAAAUGGAUGAGACUAUGAAGCAAUUCCAAGAGGGCUUAAUUGAGCUUGAAACUGAAGCUGAGCAUCUUCUUUUAGCUCGCCAUCAGCUAAUUGAAAAUGAUAGAGUGAGGAAUGGAAAUAGGGAGGCGCUUACUGCAUUGAGGAAGAGGGCUCGGACAACAAAAACUAGUGUUCCAUCUCCUUUUGAGUCAAUAAUGAGAGAUAUUGGGGGUCCCGAAUCGAGGUCCUUGGUGAAGGAGGUAUGUACCACCUGUGGUAACCAUGACUCUAAUGAGCGGACAUGGAUGAUGUUCCCCGGGACUGAUCUCAUUGGUAGGAUUCCAUUUCAUGCUGCUCAUACCAUCUUGGAGACAGAUCAAGCACAACUUGACUUUGAUGCAAAAAGACUCCAGAGCUAUAUGAAAGAGAAGUCCCUUUUGAUUUCAGAAAGAGGUGCCAUUGCUGACAGGAUCAGUCCAGGUGUACUCAAAUCUCUCAUAACCCUCUCAGACAAACCAAAGUAAGUGGUGAUUUUGGAAAUAUAGUCUUCGUCAUGGCAAAAACCUCACCUCUAGUCCCCCUGUGGAAAUUUCACUCAUUUCUUCUCCAUCUCACAAUUGUAACAUUCACAUUUACCUGGUAUGAAAUUAUGUAUAGACUAGUUUUGAAUGUUUUCUCCUAAUCCUGCUCAUGAGGGUUGACAAUUGCAGCAUUUGACUCCCUGUUAGUAAUGAUAGAAAAUUUAGAAGUUAAUGUUUGUUUGAUCA